AUGGGCAGGUCCAAGUUAGCAAAGCUGAAAGGGCAGCAGGCAGCAGACACGCAGCAGGCCCAAGACCUCAGCCCUUUUAUUGCCUACGUCAUGGAUCUCAACAUGGACCAUGACUUCUGGAUGUUCCUCUUCUCCCUGAUUGUUCGAUUGCCGUACUGUUCCAAUGGAAUAAGCAUUAAGCCUUUUGGAAACCUUAUCAAACUGGUUGCUAAGCAGCAGGCGCUUGACAUCAGCAUUCUCUGGAACAACCAUGACUAUCUGAUGGUUGAGCUUGGAGACAAAUAUAAAAACCAAACGUGCGGUCUAUGUGGCGACUUCAAUGGCUCUCCUGAGCUGAAUGAGCUGAUUUGGGAAGGGUUGAGGAUUGAUCCAUUCCACUAUGCUUGUCUAUGGAAUUUAGAUGAUCCUUUGGAAACGUGCAUACACAAGUGCAACAACAGUGUGCAGGAAUCCUCUCCAAACUAUGUGAGUGCUUGUGCCCUAACAGGCUUCCCAGACCUGCUGAGUCUUGCUUGCUUUUGACUAAAAUUAUGUCCCCACUGAAUGAAACUGAUUGGGUCAGAAGAAAAAGUCCAAAUCCGGUGAGAUAUAUUCUCACACCUGCUUGAACACAUUAAACCAUUGACUCUAAUCUUAAUUAAAUUUGUUUAUUUCGCUGUCCAAUUUUGAAAAAAAUAUUUGAACCAGGAAUCAUUCACUGUGCAGUGAGGAAGUGCUUGGCCUGACUGGGACACCAGCUAGGAUUGGUAACACUGGGAGAAAGCAAGGGGUGAGAGCUUCAUCAAGGCUGCCACAUGUAACCAACAACAAGGAAGCAUUGAUGCAUUUGAGGCACAGGUGGUAUCCAGCACGGGCUAAAUCUUCGCCGAUCUCCGCAGCACCGUGUGAUCUGUAAUCUACGGAUUUCUUUUUCUUGUUGUUUUGCCCUCCGCUCUAACCUACAUGUUUGAGUGAUUGAGUGAAACUUCAUCAACCUUGGCAGGUAGGUAGAUUCCACUGAAGUCUUAAUGGUCUACUAAAGGUUCAGGUCACUUAGUUCGUCGUGAAUUCUUCAGUGGUAUUCCUCAUACAAACUUUAGGAUGUAUCUUGAACAGCAAUUGAAAUGUCUGGGCUCAAAAAGCAGGAACAUCUUCCAACAGAAGUGAACAACCAAAUUGACUGAUCCAGACACCAGACAGCGUCUGGCUGUGAAUCACCUGUGACACAGACUGCUUGAGCUUGCAAAGCACAACACGGUAUUUAUGCUAGAGUAAUGUUUCACUGUAUUUUUACCUUUUUGCCAUAUGGUUUAAUCAAAGCACGCAGUUACUUUGAACAAAAGGCUAUAAAGAUCAUGGACAGUUGAACCUGCUAAUUCUUUUUAAAGGUGGCUU